GCGCUGGGGCGGCGGCAGCGGCCGGACCGGCUGGGGCCGGUUCGGAGCCCAAGCGCCAGCGCGGCCGGGCUAAAGGCGGUAAGGCGGCGACGGCCAUGGUGGCUGUCGGUGCAACCGCGGCAGCGGCUUCGGACGCUGCUGCUGUAGCGACAACAGCAGCCACCUCUGCGGCCGCUGCGGCCGUUGCCGCUGCACUGCACCAGCCGCCUCCCAUGCCGACAACCCUGCUACUCAAGAUGGCUGGAGGUAGCGGAAAAGGCGCUUUCCCGGUGCAGCAACACGGACAACCCGCCGCAGCAGCUGCAAACCCUCUGCCGCCGACGGUGGGGGGCAUGUCGUACGGCACUGCGCCUGCGCCGUACACUGCGCCAUACCGGACCGCUGAAAUGCAGUACACUGGGUAUGUACAGCAGCAAACGCCGAUGCAGUACGGGUACGGCUAUGCGGCCCCGCCCAUGCCGACGCCACCGUCUGUACUCGCGUACGGCUAUCAGCCGUAUGUCGCACAAGUCAGGCCAACUGUACUGCCGCAGCCCGCCCCGGUGCCUGUGCUCCGGCCGGCGUCACCACCGGUGCCGGCCGCAACGGCGGGCGCAGUGCCGGGUCGGGGCUGGCCUGCGGGGCCUCGUUGGAUGUAGACGUCAUGGGGGUUGAAGCAUGACCCGUGGGUCAUGUUUGACGUUGCCAUGCCAUGACUGGGACCGUGGGGUACACAUGCAUGAAAUAGUUUAACCGAUCGCAGUCGGAACCUUUGGAAAAGUGUAGUUACGUACUGCAAGUGUAGACGAUUAAAAGGACUGCUUCACGUCAAUUGCCGUGGUGCUUAGACCUCUAGGGCUUUGCCAACGGAGGGGCGAGUUUUAUGUUGUGGUCCUUUUCGCGGACCCGUUCAUGUGACUAGUAGACACCUGGCCGCGCCAUGUAUUAGCAGCCGCCUUGUUGGAGCCGCAGAUGCCCCCUGCGAUGAUGUCAUUUCCAGCUGGCUUGACGGUCCUUAGUGCCUCACAAGCUGGCGUUAUCCAUAGGGUACCCAAUGAGUGCCCUGUCAAUCCGUACGAGUGACAAGCCGCCUAGCUAGUUAUGCUGCUUACGUGGCUGCUAGACUGCGCAGCAAGAGGGUCCGCAGAAUGUUAACCGGACCUCUGCCGUACUACGAACCCAACCGCUGUCAAGAGUGUGUGGGUAGGGAGAGUAGACGUGUAGGUGCGUAAUGAGCACAAGGAGCGAAGCUACCGUUACUUCCGCGAUGUUUUGAAGCGCCACCGUUUGACAAUGACUGGCAUGUAGGUGUGUGUAGGGUCGCCUAUGCUAGGAGAUUAGGUCACGGAAUGCUUUAUUAGAGGAGAGCAGGUCGCCGAGGGUUGGGGCGUGAAGGGCGAUGGCCAUGGGUGCUCAAAGAGCCGACGCCGUGUGGUGUGUGUGAAGUUGCAGGUACGUGCAAGGCGCUACCGAACAGGCAUUACUGUGGCUGUCUUCUGCGCGUGUUAAAGCAACUUGGCAUGCGCGUGUUAAAGCAACUUGGCAUGCGCGUGUUAAAGCAACUUGGCAUGCGCGUGUUAAAGCAACUUGGCGAGCCGCCUGAACCGGGUCACGACCCUGGGCUCCUCUCGUCUGCCCAGGCUGAGGAAGUUGUGGAUAAGACACCCUCAAGACACCAUCUGCGGCACCGCCAUAGACGUGGAAUGCCGUAACCUUCAUGUGUUGACCACGCGCCUCGAGGAUGCAACCAGUGGUCGACGCCGAUCGCGGCUGCCGCAGUACUCUGAAUACCCAAACACACAGAAAUGUCACGCCGUCUCCACCGCUUUAACAUGGCAAGGUCUAGUAGCUGUCGUUAUUGCUGUUCGUGGCUAUUUGUCGUUGUCGUAUCGCGGUGGUCAUCCGUACAACGCCGGCGCCACCAGGGCUCUCCAGCACAGUAAUGC